ACGAUGCUGAACUCAAUGACCCGGUUGUCACUAACUGAAUUCUCGCGAUGAGGGAAUCGAAAUCGCUCUUUGUAUUCCGGUAGUUCGUCACACGUAGACGACCUACGCAAAAUCGAGCUACAAAGUAGCUGAUCUUGAUUUUAAGGGCUUGGGAGAAAAAUUGAAAAUGUGGCCACGUGUGUUGAUACUUCUGAUGACUGCAGCUAUUGUGAUAGAUGGAAAAGGGGAUUCUGAGAUAGACUUGUCCCACCGUCACAUGAAGAAAGAAGAAUUCUUCGUAACUAUUCAACAUAAACUCAGCAUCCAGGAUGUUACAGAACUUAAUUUAAAAGGAAAUGACUUCGACAGUUUUCUGGACUGUUCUGCAAAACUAGUCCACUUAAAGAGCUUAGACUUGGCGGAGAACAAGCUCCAGCGGUUCUUCUUUCUAUGCAAUGACGAGUACUCACUCGAAUACUUGAACAUCAGUCAUAAUCAUUUGGAAUAUAUCGACGAUCAAGCUCUGAAUGAGAGAAUUCCUAAACUCAAGGUGUUGGAUAUUUCCCACAAUAGAAUCUCUGUUAUUAAUGAAACUAUGAUAGAGCACAUGAAGAUCCUGGAAUUUCUUUCAAUGGCGCACAACCCAGUCAUUGACAUACACGAGAAGGCUUUUCUAACGCAGAAGAGUCUCAAACACUUAGACCUGGCUAAUAUCAGUGCAGAGUCAAUUCCGGGCUCUUUGUUUCGUCCCCUGACAAACCUAACAUUCUUAAAUAUUUCUUUCAACCCCAUCGUUAAUAUUCCCUUCCUCCCUUCGUCGCUGCUUGAACUUGAUCUUUCUGGAACCUUCAUCUUCUUUCCGGAUAACAUAAUUCUUCCGCAAUUGGUGAGAUUCCAUUUGAACUCCAUGCCAAAAAUCACAGGAGUGGUCCUCAAUGAUUUCGAGAACUUUACUAUGCUUGAGGUUCUCUCGUUGGAGAGGUGUCCUAUUCUGUCAGAGUUCAGGGUCUGGCCUCCUAACAAUAGAAUUUUACCGCAUUUGCAUCAUUUAUCCGUAAAGGGAUGUGAUCUGGAGACUCUCAACGAUGACCUUCGGCCAAUAAUGCAGAGAAUUGCAAUUGUGGACUUGCAGAAUAAUCCAUGGCACUGCGAUUGCAGAAUGCAGUGGGUCAAUCGACUAAAUUUAUCUAGUGAACUUAGCCAAGAAAUUAAAUGUAACAGCCCUGAGCAACAUGAAGGUAAGCUGCUCUCACAAAUUCCGAACCACGACCUAAUCUGUCUGGAAAUAUCGACCACCACCUACACAGCCAUCUGGGUGUCUAUGUCGAUAAUUGUGAUUCUCCUGAUAUUAUCCGCGGUGUGGUUAUUCUGGAGAGGUCCUCUAAGACACUGGACUUUACCAAAACGCAAUGGUGACACAGUUAGUUAUAAGAAUGUUGUUGAAUCGUCGAAUGACUUAAUUCGAAUAUUAGUGACGGACGACAGAGCUGAAGAGUAGCAACUCUUAAAUUAAAUUCACUUGAAUGAAUGAGAAAAUAAUGAAUUUCUCCAUGUUUUUGUUGCUGACUCAUAAAAGAGCUGAAAAUAGUUAUUUAUAAGGAGCACUAGUCAACUGUGGUAAUUUUCAAUCGAUGUAUGGUCCAUUUCAUGGUGAACCCCAUUAUUCUCCAUUAUUGAAGCAUCUGUCAGUAACAAUAGGUGUGUAUUAUCCAAUGGCAGACCGGGUAGUCCCAAAAUAUCUUUGACACAAACAUUCUCUCAGCUCAUUUCAACCCCUUCGUGCCCAAUAAAAGAGAUACAGUCUCGAUAGUAAAGAAAACAGUCUACCUGGUUACAAUAGCUUCCACAGUGGCUUGACUGCAUUCGAAUGAGAUUACGGCUGUGCCCGCCCUUCCUCGCGCUUCACCACCAUUUACUUUAUUUUUUUUCAUCUCCUCUCUCGCUUCAUUUUAACGUUACGAAGAGGCGGUGCGUAAAUACACACGCUCUGUGUUGAUUAUUAACAUUAGGGGGACGACCAGUCGGCCAAGUUAAUGGUGACUAACGUGCGGUUCAAAUUCAACUUCAACAGAUACUCAACUACAUUUACGUUCACUCUAAUAUUUACUACUAAAAUUUAUGCAAAAUAAAUUGACAUUUUUCAAUUUA